AUGGCUCGAGAGAAAGAUUCCGUCGACGAUGGCUACAACAAACCCUCCAUUGUGGACACGGGAUAUGGCCGCGAAACGGAUCCCGAGAAAGGUCAAGACCUCCCAGCCUACCCGCAAGAACACAGUCGAAGACAAAGCACAAAAUACGACAACCGCAGCGACCCAUUCGGAGACGAAUCCGACGCCGAAGUCAAAUAUCGAACCAUGACCUGGUGGCAAGCCGCCGCAAUCAUGAUCGCAGAAACAAUCUCUCUCGGAAUCCUCUCCUUACCCUCGGUCCUCGCAUCAAUAGGUUUAGUCCCCGGGAUAAUCCUCAUAAUCGGUCUCGGCGUCAUCGCAACCUAUACUGGUUACACAAUGUAUCAAUUCAAACUCGUAUACCCUCACGUGCACAACCUGGCAGAUGUCGGCGAGAUUUUAUUCGGGGGUGCUGUGGGAAGAGAGAUUUUGGGUGCUGCGCAAGUGAUAUUCUUGACGUUUACGAUGGGGAGUCAUGUUUUGACUUUUACGAUUGCUUUGAAUGCGAUUACGGGGCAUGUGACGUGUACGAUUGUUUGGUCGGUGGUUGGGACGGUUGUGUUGUUUCUUCUGACUUUGCCGAGGACUUUGAGGAAAGUUUCGUAUUUGUCGAUUAUAUCUUUCAUAUCCAUUCUCAGCGCGGCGAUGAUCACAAUGAUCGGAGUCGGAAUUACGCGACCAGAUCCAAUCGUCCAAGCCACGGUCAAAGUCGGCUUCGCAUCUGCGUUCCAGAGUGUGACGAAUAUCAUCUUUGCUUACGCUGGUCACGUUGCGUUCUUCACAUUCAUAUCUGAGUUGAAGAACCCCAAGGACUUCCCGAAAGCUCUAAUUUGCUUGCAAGCGUGGGACAUCAGUUUGUAUGUCAUAGUGGCGAUUGUGGUGUAUCGCUAUACGGGUCCAGAUGUUGCAAGCCCGGCAUUAGGAAGCGCUUCACCAGUCGUCACCAAGGUCGCUUAUGGAAUUGCCCUGCCGACUAUUCUGAUUGCAGGCGUGAUUUACGCACACGUUGCUGCCAAAUACAUCUACGUUCGUAUAUUCCAGGGCACCAAGCAGAUGUCGACGACCACUUUUCUCGCUGUCGGGACCUGGGUUGGGAUCAUCGCUGUCCUAUGGGUGGUUGCUUGGGUCAUCGCCGAGAGUAUCCCGGUCUUCAACGAUCUUUUAUCUCUGAUCUCAUCGCUGUUUGCGUCCUGGUUUACGUAUGGCUUGUCGGGUACUCUGUGGCUAUUCAUCAACCGUGGGCAGUGGUUCAAGAACCGGCGUAAGAGUUCACUGACCGUAGCGAACACUAUGAUCUUCCUACUCGGUGCAGCGAUCUGUGGCAUCGGACUGUAUGCUAGUGGGAAAGCGAUCAAGGAAGACUCUGGGAGCGGGCAUAGCUGGAGUUGCGCGGACAAUUCAAAGAGCGGCUAG